CUCUUCUUCUCCUUCUCACCCGCUGCAGCCCCAAAAGAAACCCAGCCACCGACAGCCCUCCUCUUGAGAAAGUCGGCAAAGCUUGAUGGAUUUACCUUCUUUUCUUAUUGAAAGCCGAACUUAGGAACCCAGAAACCUUUCCCCCCUCUGCAGAAUUUCCAGAUCUGCUCGGUUUCUCCCCUCCCCUGUCCGUGAGCUGCAGCUGGUGGGUGUGAUUUCUGGGUAUUUUUCGAUUUUGGUUGCCCGUGAGUCCCCUGCAGAAAUUGCCGUCGGCUUCUUCUCCCCUGCCAGGUCCGGUUUUGCUGGCUGGAAAAUUCUGGUAUGUUGACAGCCCUCCAAGCCUCGAAUUUGUCCAUUUAUUUGCUGCCUUGUGUGUCCAAAAAUCUGCAGAAAAUGGGGAUGAAUUCCGGCAGCUUUAGGACAAAUUUAAGCAUUAAUUCAAGUGGUAUUUAUGUGAUUGAGUGUUAAUUGACUGUUGUGAGAUUUUGGAGUGAAAUACCGUGAGAUUAGCUAGUGUUUUGGCCAAUUUUUGGAAGUUGCAGUACUGUUCAAGGCAUGAGCACUGUUCACGGUACUGUUCACGGGUAAUGGCCAACAAUUAACUGGAUUUAAAUGUUUAGUUGUAAUAUAAGAAUAAAUUUGAAGAUGUCCGGUCAUUUGGAGAUUGAUAAGAAUAGCAUCGUGAUUAGGGGUAGUCAUGGUGAUUUUACUUUUGAAUCCGUGGUAUGGUAAUUAAUUCUUGGAUAUUUUGAUUAGGUUCCUGAUUGUUCUGUCAGUUUAGUACUAAGAUUGAGUCUUCGAUUUUAUGCGAGUGAGUGAUGGCGGGAUUAAACCCGUUUUAUGCAAAAGUAAGUAUGACUGAUUUGAAGUGAAAUUUUUAUGCUUUUCAUUAAAUUGAGCAUGUUUACUUGAAAUUUAAUUGAUUGUCCUGAUGAUUUGAAAGUGAUUGGUGAAUUAUGAUUUUUCUGUUAACUUCAGCCUGUUUUGUCUCCGAUGUGGUUGUUAUUAGUGACCCUGUUAGUGGGGGUUAAACGCUAGCACAUGUCGACAUGUUAGUGAUAGAACCAGUUCGUUCGAGUGACCUUGCUAGUGGGGAUUAUACACUAGUAAAUAGUGCACCUGCCAAUGGGUGGUUUAUAACAUUGGCCGUGAUCUAUAGAGGAGACGUCUAUUUUGUUUUCGUACUGUAUCCGUUUUUCGUGAUUAUACUUGUUGGCAUGCUAUGAGUUUAAUAAGGGGCACCCAAUAUUUUACUUACUGAGUUUAUCUCAUAGUUUUCCUUGUCCACUAUUUCAGGAAGCAAAACCGAGGACGGGAAAACCACGGGAAGUGAUGAGUUAGAAGGCUAGCCAUUUCGAGAUUGAUAUAGAUUUUAGAUAUAAAUCAUGAUCUUGUAAACUAGAGUGUAUUUGGAAAUUUUAUGAUAUCAGAGUAAAUUUUAAAGAUUUUA